UUCGUUGGGUUUGUCACCUUCUCUUCCACUCGAAACCACUCUACCAGCCUUUCGCCUUUCGAUGGACUACUUCCUCGCCACAUUGCAAUUGUCCUGCGAUGGCGUCGAUAAUCCAGCACAGGGUAAUUGUCUUCACGUUGUCGCUGCUUUGUCUCCUUGUAAUAUCGAGUUUGGACCAAAUAAAUGCAGAAUCGGAGAAGAAUGGGGAGGACCCGGAACUGGAUGUGGCCGAUUCAGGAGAGGACGACGCAGUCGAUUAUGGGGGAGAAGAUGAUGAAGACGAGUAUGGGAUAGAUGAUGAAGACGACCCAUUAUUGAACUUAGGAAACAGGUAUGAAGAAGAGGAGGAGGAAGAGGAAGAAGAAGAAGAAGAAGAAGAAGAGAGAAAUGAGGGCGGUGAGGUGGGUGAUUAUGACGAGAGAGAUGUUGUUGUGCUUGGGUCCAGUAAUUUUACCAAGUUUGUGAUGAAGGAACGGUAUGUGUUUGUGGAAAUUUACGCUCCCUGGUGCCGGUAUUGCAAGAGUUUGGCACCAGAGUGGGCCGCAACGGCCACUGCUCUUACGGGCCAAGUUCCUUUUGCUAAGGUCGACGCUACUGUGCACACGGACAUCAGUGAGCAGCUGCAUGUGAGCAGUUACCCUAGUUUGUUCUUCUUCGUUUAUGGCGUGCAUUCGCCUUACAAUGGCGUCCGAUCCAAGGAUGCUUUUGUGGCGUAUGUGAAUGGAAAGAUGAAUCUAACAGUCAGGGCUCUCAUGUCCGUAUCGGACGCCGAGUCUCUCGUGGAGGUCAACACGCCCAUUGCGGUUGCUUAUCUGAAAAAGUUGAAGGGUCCUGAGGUUUUCGAACUGACAACUGUAGCGAAGCAAGUGGAUGGUGUGAUAUUCUAUAUGACCAGCAAUGAAGAUGUGGCUGCCAUGUUUGGACUGAAUGUCAAUGUCAAACCGGUUUUGGUUUUGUUGAAGAGUGUGCCAGACAAUCGGGUGGUUUACAAGGGUACUUUUAAGAGGACACCGCUUCACCAAUUUGUGUCUACAAAUAAGUUGCCACUUGUGAUAUUCUUCUCACAAGAAACAACCUCACUAAUAAUGGAGAACGAAAUGAAAAAACAAGUCCUCUGUUUUGUACAGGAUGAUGAAUACUGGGGUUAUGCUCAGCCGCUUUUUGAGGAAGUUGCAAGGGCUUUUAAAGGGCAGGCAAUGUUCAUACGUGUGGUUCUGGAUAGUUCAGAGGGAUUAAAAGCUGCGGAGUAUUUUGGUGUAACGGGGGAGAACCCCAUUGUAAUAAUGGCAUUUUCGACAGCUGAGGACGGUCUCAAGUACCUCCAUCAAGGGGAAUUCACUGUUGAAGGAAUCAAGAAAUUCGUGGAGGGUUUUACAAAGAAUAAGCUGCGACCUUAUUAUAAGUCGGAGAGGAUUCCUGCUCAGAAUGAUGAAGCUGUGAGGAUAGCGGUUGGCAGAAAUUUUGAGGAGAUCGUCCUUGACGAGGCCAAGGAUACCCUUGUUGAGCUGUAUGCUCCCUGGUGCCAUCACUGCCAAGAGCUGGAACCGACAUACAAUAGACUUGCAAAGCGUCUCAUGGGCAUUCCCUCACUUUCAAUUGUCAAAAUGAAUAUGGAAGCAAACGAGCAUCCUCUUGCCAAGGUCGACGGCUUUCCGACCAUCCUGUUCUUCUCUGCUGGAAAUAAGAGCACCAAGCCGAUCACGUUUCACGGUGACAGAACCGUGAAAGGCCUCUACCAGUUUUUGAAGAAGAAUGCAGCCAUUCCGUUCGCACUCCCAAAACCUGCGCAGACACGAGCUCCAAACAAGGUUGAACAAAUUCCCAACGAUGAAUUAUAAAACGAGGUGCCCCAACCAGCUCAUGAACCUCCGACAGGCUGUUCAACUUAUUUCGAUGAUCAUUCUUUCAGAAAACAAGUGCUUGUCGACAAUUCUAGACACAGCAACUCAACUGGGUCACAUAUUCAACUCCAUCCAGGUCAGUUUUUUUCGAAAAACUUGAUCAAACAUUUGCAAGCUUUAGCCCUGGUAAGUUCCAAGCAAACCCAUGUUUUUGCUCCUCGUCAGCAUUUCCCCGGAGGCAAGUAAUGAAUAAGAUAUGAAAUGAAUGCUUGCUUGAAUUUCUUCUGCAAAUCUGUGAGGGAAGUUGAACAAAAUUCACAAGUUUCUGAAAACUGCAACAUGAGUACAGAUCCACCAAAAUCCUAAAACUUGAAAGUUGUGCCACCAAAAAAGCUUUCCUAAACCUCAUUUCCUCUAGACCAAACCAUCGCAUUCAAGCACACGACAAUUUUUUUACAUUUGUCGUACCAAACUUCAUUCUAUCAUAACUGUUGGUGAUAUUAAGUGGUGUAUUUUUUUAAUACAAGUUCCCCAAUAUCUACGCCAAUAUAUACGUUCAUUACCGGAUUGUGUCGGUAUGUGAAGACAUCCUAUGCAAUCUAACGAUUGUAACUGUGUAGUAUCACCUCUACCCAAACGGAGUAGAGAAUAGUAUUUAUAAAAUAAUACUAGCUUUAAUUGAUAAAAAGAUGUAUAGUCAUAGUUGCCAGGUAGCAAUAUAAAAUUUUAGACCAGAAAAUGUAAUGGGUUUGUUUGUAAUAUAUAAAAUAGUUAUAAUAAAUUUUACUUGAAUAUUAUUAUA